AGUAGCCAUUGGGCCCUGGGCUCCUGCCCUGUCAGACGGGAGAGUCCAGGAUGCUGAAGAGAGCUGGGAGGAAGUGCCAGGAACACUGGGCUGCCUCCUACCACCUAGUUUGCAGCCCAACAUGUGAGUAACCCCAGAACAACAACAGGAAAAAAGAAAAGGACCAAUUGUGAAUAUCAUCUUGACAGAUGCUGAGCUAGAAGGGAGAGCCCUGGAGAGAUGUUUAUGUUAACAACAACAGCAGCAAAAAGCUACAGAAUUGAACUACUGAGCUUUUCACCUGUAGCUCGAGCACUGAGCUUCUCCUUUGACCAUACAGCCAGAAUCUAGAGCUGUUCUUGCAGCAGUCUGUGGGGACAUUUUAUGUCCAGGCUCGGACCAUGGUGCAGUCCCACUGGCUCCCCUGCCCCCCUCUCCUGUGAGACUGGCUGCGGGGUGGGAUCAUGGAUACUUGUCUGCCGGCUUCUGGUUCCCACGCAAGUAAGCCUGCUGUCAAUGGAGGAGGACAUUGAUACCCGCAAAAUCAACAACAGUUUCCUGCGCGAUCACAGCUAUGCGACCGAAGCUGACAUUAUCUCUACGGUAGAAUUCAACCACACGGGAGAGUUACUAGCGACAGGGGACAAGGGGGGUCGGGUUGUAAUAUUCCAGCGAGAACAGGAGGUGCUUGUGGAGGAGCGAACUCCAGCUGUUGUCUUGGGAUCUCUCCUCCGGGUGUUGAAAUUCAGUCUCCCUUCAUUUCAGAGUAAAAACCAGGUUCAUCGUAGGGGUGAAUACAAUGUUUACAGCACAUUCCAGAGCCAUGAACCCGAGUUCGAUUACCUGAAGAGUUUAGAGAUAGAAGAAAAAAUCAAUAAGAUAAGAUGGCUCCCUCAGCAGAAUGCAGCUUACUUUCUUCUGUCUACCAACGAUAAAACUGUGAAGCUGUGGAAAGUCAGUGAGCGUGAUAAGAGGCCAGAAGGCUACAACCUGAAAGAUGAGGAGGGCCGCCUCCGGGAUCCUGCCACCAUCACAACCCUGCGGGUGCCCGUCCUGAGACCCAUGGACCUGAUGGUGGAGGCCACCCCACGAAGAGUGUUUGCCAAUGCGCACACGUACCACAUCAACUCCAUAUCUGUCAACAGCGACUACGAGACCUACAUGUCCGCUGACGACCUGAGGAUUAAUCUGUGGAACUUUGAGAUAACCAAUCAGAGUUUUAAUAUCGUGGACAUCAAGCCAGCCAACAUGGAGGAGCUCACAGAGGUGAUCACCGCGGCCGAGUUCCACCCCCACCACUGCAACACCUUUGUAUACAGCAGCAGCAAGGGGACAAUCCGGCUGUGCGACAUGCGGGCAUCCGCCCUGUGUGACAGGCACACCAAGUUUUUUGAAGAGCCGGAAGAUCCAAGCAACAGAUCGUUUUUCUCUGAAAUUAUCUCUUCAAUUUCGGAUGUGAAGUUCAGCCACAGUGGGAGGUAUAUCAUGACCAGAGACUAUCUGACCGUGAAAGUCUGGGACCUCAACAUGGAAAAUCGCCCCAUCGAGACUUACCAGGUUCAUGACUACCUCCGCAGCAAGUUGUGCUCCCUCUAUGAAAAUGACUGCAUUUUUGAUAAAUUUGAGUGUGUGUGGAACGGGUCGGACAGUGUCAUCAUGACGGGCUCCUACAACAACUUCUUCAGGAUGUUCGACCGGAACACCAAGCGUGAUGUGACCCUUGAGGCCUCGAGGGAAAACAGCAAACCCCGGGCUAUCCUCAAACCCCGAAAAGUGUGCGUCGGGGGCAAGCGAAGAAAAGACGAGAUCAGUGUCGACAGUCUGGACUUUAGCAAAAAGAUCUUGCAUACAGCUUGGCAUCCUUCAGAAAAUAUUAUAGCAGUGGCGGCUACAAAUAACUUAUAUAUAUUCCAGGACAAGGUUAACUAGGAGGACAAGCUAUCACUUAGUCUCACAUACUGAAUACUAGUCAAACAAGUUUUUAAAUGUUUCUUUGGGUCUUCAUUUGAUGCAUUGAGUUUCAUUUCCCUAUGCAUAAAACGAUUGGAAUAGAAUUAAAAAGGAGUUCAAUGUUCCCAGCUCCCCAA